AUCGCCAGCCGGAAGUUGACAGUUUGGUAGCAUCUGGUAGCUAAGCUAGCUGGUAGCGAGUAGUGUGUGUGAGUGUGUGAGUGUGUCCCGGUGUGAAGAUGUUACCUCUAUCUAUUAAAGACGACGAGUACAAACCGACUAAAUUCAACCUGGUGGUUAAACUCUCCGGAUGGUUCAGGUCCAUCCUGGCUGAUAAAACCUCCAGGAAUCUGUUCUUCUUCCUCUGCCUCAACCUGUCGUUUGCGUUUGUGGAGCUCACGUAUGGAAUCUGGAGUAACAGUUUAGGUCUGAUCUCAGACUCGUUCCACAUGUUCUUUGACUGCACGGCGCUGCUCGCUGGUCUGGCCGCCUCCGUCAUCUCCAGGUGGAGGUCCAACGACAGCUUCUCCUACGGAUACGUGAGAGCUGAGGUUCUGGCCGGAUUCGUCAACGGACUCUUCCUCAUCUUCACGGCCUUUUUCAUCUUCUCUGAGGGAGUCGAGAGAGCCCUGGAGCCUCCUGACGUUCACCACGACCGUCUCCUUCCCGUCUCUGUAGCCGGUCUCCUGGUGAACCUGGUCGGGAUCUUUGUUUUCCAACAUGGAGGACACGGACACUCCCACGGAGACGAAGGUCACGGACACAGUCACUCUCUGUUCAACGGCAGCUUGAAUCACGGCCACAGUCACGGAGGAGGACACCAGGACAAACAUGGAGGACAUGGACACAGUCACGGAGGACACGAUGGACAUGGACACAGUCACGGAGGACACGAUGGACAUGGACACAGUCACGGAGGACAUGGACACAGCCACGAUGAGCCAGACUGUCACAGUAAGAGAACGAACCAGGAUUUAAAGACGUGGAUCAUUUUAUUUCCCUCAAUGUUCAGUCUCACGUUUUUUAUUUUUUCAGAUGAGCUGCAGCACACGCCGGGAAAAGGCUCCAGCAAACAGAUCCUGCAGGGCGUCCUCCUCCACAUCAUCGCUGAUACUCUGGGCAGCGUCGGCGUCAUCAUCUCCGCGCUCCUGAUGCAGAAAUACGACCUGAUGAUCGCUGACCCCAUCUGCUCCAUGCUCAUCGCGCUCCUCAUCGGCGUCAGCGUGGUGCCGCUACUGAAGGAAUCCAUCGGGAUCCUGAUGCAGAGAACUCCGCCUUCGUUGGACCACGCCCUCCCAGAGUGCUACCAGAGGGUGCAACAGCUUCAGGGAGUUUACAACCUCCAGGAGCCUCAUUUCUGGACUCUGUGCACGGACGUUUACAUCGGGACCUUAAAGCUGCUGGUCGCCCCCGACGCCGACGCGCGCUGGAUCCUCAGCCAGACACACGGCAUCUUCACACAGGCUGGAGUUCGACAACUUUACGUUCAGAUCGAGACGGCCGCCAUGUAGAGGCUCCUCCCUCUUCCACACCUGGGACCAAUCACAACACAGUCUGCUGCUGAGGGGGGGGCGGGGCAAAGGGAGGGGGCAAACAGGGAGAACUGAUGAACUCAAACAGCCCCACCCACCCCCGCGUCCUCUCCCUUUCUACCCCCCCUCUCUCCUGCACUUUUUUUAGACUGGCGCAAAGCAUUCUGGGUAAGUGCCUUCAUCAUGAUAUCAGAGACAAUCUGAGCCCCUCCCACCACCGAUGACAUCACUGCUAGGACCCGCUGAUUGGUCCACAGUGAGUGUGACAUCACUUUUUAAUUCCAUGUGCCAAAAACCAUGUGACUGAAUCUUUUUUUUUGUUACUUUCGUUUUUUUUUAGCUGUAAUAAAUAAUUGUUUCUCUGA